CCACACGAACCAAACCCGCCAAAUUUAGACCUCCUCAACUCAAAAACCAAAACUCUCCACUUUACACCAAUCACUCCAGCCAAGCCAUGGCCUCUCACUCCACACUCGUUUUCUCUCCUCCAAAUCUCUCUCCCAAAUUCUCUUCGCUCUUUCAUUACUCCCCACAAUCCCUCACUUUCCAAACCAAAAAACCAUCAUCACUUUCCUUAACAAACACGACAAAACCAAGACAACUCUCAGUUUCGGUCGUCUCAACUUCUCAUUCUCUUCAAGCUCUCAUUUUCGACUGCGAUGGAGUCAUUCUAGAAUCCGAACACUUGCACCGCCAAGCUUACAACGAUGCUUUCUAUCACUUCAAUGUUCGUUGCCCUCCUUCUUCACAGCCUCUUAACUGGGACCCUGAAUUUUAUGAUGUGCUCCAGAACCGGGUUGGCGGUGGCAAACCCAAGAUGAGAUGGUACUUCAAGGAACAUGGAUGGCCAUCUUCUACCAUAUUUGAAACACCGCCUGAGGGUGAUGAGGAGCGAUCCAAGUUAAUUGACACUCUUCAGGAUUGGAAGACUGAAAGGUACAAAGAAAUAAUCAAAUCUGGAACUGUGGAACCUAGAACCGGCGUUUUAAGAUUGAUGGAUGAGGCCAAGGCUGCUGGAAGAAAGCUAGCUGUUUGCUCUGCAGCAACUAAAAGUUCGGUUAUACUCUGUCUUGAGAACCUUAUUGGAAUGGAGCGUUUUCAGGGUCUUGAUUGCUUUCUUGCAGGUGAUGAUGUGAAGGAAAAGAAGCCUGAUCCAUCAAUAUAUCUGACAGCUGCCAAGAGACUGGGCGUGUCCGAGAAAGAUUGCUUGGUGGUAGAGGAUAGUGUGAUUGGACUACAGGCAGCAACAAAAGCUGGGAUGUCAUGUGUGAUUACCUAUACUUCUUCAACUGCUGACCAGGAUUUCAAAGAUUCUAUAGCAAUUUACCCUGAUUUAAGUAAUGUGAGAUUGAGUGACUUAGAGUUAUUGCUCCAAAACGUCGUUGCUGCAAAUUAGGAGAUUCAGCACAAAUUCUUGGAAUUCAAAGCAAGAUCGCUCAUUGAUCUUAUAGAUUGUUUGCUGCUUGCCUUUAAACAUUUAUUAAGUGCAUCUAAUCAUAACUCAGGCAUUUAUAUUAUCUACUGGCCUCCUCCCAGGAAAUAAAUAAAUAAACAAAAAGAACUAGAUGAUA